ACGCACGCAGACACACACACACACACACACACAGACACUUCUCGGUCCAUCUGACGCCUGUGGCCGGAGGGGAGCUCUGGGGUAGAAAGCGAAGAAAGCAGAAUUGGGAGAGACAGCCGGAGGAUUUUUUCCAGGUGUUUCAUGCGGCUCCGCCCACCAGGCGUCCGCCCCCUGUCCCCCCCGGGUCCAGGCUGCUGGCACUGGAGCGGAGGAGGCUGGGCUACAGACACACCGACACACCGAUGCUCCUGGGGUUCACUCGGACACACACGGCACCGAGACGACAGCACGAGCAGAGCCCAGAUCAGCGUGGAGCCGUUUGUUCUCGUGGUUUUCAGAGCUGACUUUCUUAUCUGACUUGGAGCAGCAUCACGGAGCUUUCUGCACGCAGACAGGAUGUCGGAACUUUCCGUGAAUGACCACCUCGAAGGGAUUUUAUCAGAUUUUGAAGCAUUGAAGAGAUCCUUCGACAUUGAAGAUGUGGACGACAUACCAUCCUUCUCCACAGCUUCUUCUGUCUCCACCCCUGUUUCUCCUACUUCCCCCCAUUUCUUCCUCAACCACAAUAAAGCCAGUGAGGGGCAGGGAGGAGUUGGUCAGUCCCCUACAUUAGCCUUUAACAACAACAACAACAGCCUGGGCCCUACAGCCCACCACUCCCGCAUCAGCCAGAGUCCCAAUCCCAGCCCAGUGCUUAAGUCCCGUAAUGUUGUCAGCAGUCUCUCCUUCAAUCGAGGAACCAUGAACAAGCCGGCCUUUCACAACAACGGCUCGUCCGUAACCAGAGCUGCAUCCUUUCAGAGCAGGUUAAACCCGAAUGGUUACUCCAUGUUGACUGGACCAGGCAGUGACAACGACAGCCUUCACAGCUCCACAUCCAGCCUGGAUUACUCUGGAGGUGGUGCCCUCACCCUGGGGUCAUAUUCCAGUCCUUCACCUCAAGGUGAGUACCACCGAACCCAGCCCCAGUUCCCUCAACAGCACCUAGAGGGAAGUGCCAACUUGGGAAGAAACCCCAACCUAAAGAAGUUCUCCUCCCAUGGAAGUGUUUUCCACUCUGAGAUGGACCAAGGUCCAGGGAUGAUGCUGGGUGUUCCAGAGCCUCGGGGAGUGAACCAUGGCUCCAUGCCCAGCCUAGACCUCCAAAUUCGUGAUGGUGGAGGAGGAAUGGUGAGUAUUCAAAGGGGUGGAGGCAGCAUGUCCCCAGGGCUGAGGUAUGCCAAUGCUAAUGCCAACUGGAAUGGUCGUCUUCAUAACACCACUUCCUUUGGGGAGGGGGGCUACUGUGGCUUCAAAAACCACUGCCAGCAGCAAGGGUCCCAAAUUCUCAAAGCUCCGCACCCCAAGGCCAAAGAGACUCCACGUCUAAACAAAUUUCCCUUGGAUUUGGACAGUUUGGUAAGCAACAGCUCAGCCACUUCUCCCUUCAAGGCUCAAGGACGAUCCAUGAGCCCCAACCCUCCCAAGCCUCCCCCAAGGAGCACAGGAGAAUUUCAACACCACACCAACCCACCAUCCACCUCAGCCAGCCCUUCAGCCUCUCUCAGCAGCCUUGACAGUUAUUCUGACACCCCACCCCUCUCCCUGCACCAUCCCUUUUUGCCUUUCUCCCCAUGUUCUCCAACUUCCUCACAGGGCUCCAUUCCUGUCCCAGAGAUGAGUUACUCCCCAGUACCCCUUUCUACAGCCCAGAGCCCCCAGAUGGAGAUUUCCCCUGUGUCCCAAAUUGUUGAGGUUGUCCCCAAUCUGCCUAGCCCACGCAACCCCUCCAGCUCCAGAGCCAUUCAGUCUUUGGAGGAUGGCGCUGGUGAAGCCAGAGAUAGUGUUGGCUCAAUCUUACAGAGGAUCGCUUCCUUCACCCGGCAUGACGCCAUCCCAACAGUUGUGACCCAGCCCCCUACAGUCCAAAGAAAUGGUGGGUUGUCUUCUACACUUGGAUGUCCUGAGACCACACCCAGAUGGAAACAGGAGAAGAAGAAACAGGAAGAAACUGCUGGAGAGCUGGAGACAGACCCGCUCACCCCAAUGGAGGAGAGUCAGGAGAAGGAGAGAGGCAUCAUGGGACAAGAGCAAGGAGAUCAGGACCAAGGACAACCAGCCAGCACGAAUACCCAGCAUUCCCUGACAGAAAAGGAGGAGAAAUGUGUGGGCGUUCAUGCAGAGAUGGAGGAGAAGGAGAGGGAGAAGGGAAUGGAGGAAGGAGAAAUGAAGAAAGAGAUGGAGCUGGAGGCAGAGGUGAAGGUGGAGCUGUGUCAGUCUGUGCCAGGUCUGCAGAUGAGCUUCAUCCGGGGCACUGACCUGUUUGGCUAUGUGGGCAUCGAAGCAGUACUGGACCAAAUGAGGUACAAGACCAUGAAGGCUGGCUUUGAGUUCAACAUCAUGGUGGUUGGUCAGAGUGGUUUGGGGAAGUCCACUCUGGUCAACACUCUGUUCAAGUCCAAAGUCAGCCGGAAAUCCUGCACUCCUAACUACGAAGAGAAGAUCUCCAAAACAGUCAAACUGCACACAGUCAGCCAUGUGAUUGAGGAGAAGGGAGUGAAGAUGAAGCUGACAGUGAUCGACACUCCAGGAUUUGGAGACCAGAUCAACAAUGAGAACUGCUGGGAGCCCAUAGUGAAGUACGUCAAUGAGCAGUAUGAGAAAUACCUGAGAGAGGAGCUGCACAUCACCCGCAAGAGGAGAAUACCCGACAGCAGAGUCCACUGCUGCAUCUACUUCCUCCCUGCCACUGGUCACAGGUUACGCCCCAUCGAUAUUGAAUUCAUGAAGAGGUUGGGAAAGAUAGUGAGCAUCGUACCCAUCAUCGCCAAAGCAGACACACUCACCAUUGAGGAAAGACAGGAGUUCAAAGAGAGGAUAAGGCAAGACUUGGCAGCAAAUGGGAUCAGUGUCUACCCCCAGAAAGAGUACGACGAGGACCCAGAGGAACGCAUUCUCAAUGACAGGAUCAGGGAAAGCAUUCCCUUUGCUGUGGUGGGAACAGACAAGGAGCACCAGGUGAAUGGAAACAAGGUGCUGGGCCGAAAAACAAAGUGGGGAAUCAUUGAAGUUGAAAAUGUGGCGCACUGUGAGUUUGCUAACCUGAGAGAUCUACUCAUCAGGUCUCACCUGCAGGACCUGAAAGACGUGACACACAACAUCCACUAUGAGACCUACCGUGUACGACGGCUCAACGAGAGCAACAUGAACUUCAGUGAGCUGGGCCUUUCCACCUGGCUGCUGGAGAACGGAACUGCUGACAAAUGCGAAUCAGAGAGUCACCUCUGAUCCCUCCAUUAGCCUCCUUCUUCCUGCACUCACCAGAGGAUGCCCCCUAUCCAAUCAGAAUGAGAGAUGGGGAAAAAGAGAGCUAUUUUUUCCCACACAAAAAAAAUUAGAUGGAGAAAUUAUUUUUUUAAAUUGUUUUUCCUUUUUUACACACAAACACACACACACACACACACACACACACACACACACACGUGAUAUAGUGACAUGGGGCAGAUGAGAGCAGGCAGCACAACAUGACACCAUGAGAGGAAAGGUAAACAUAAGUCUCCCAAUUGUAUAUAACCAUCUUUGUAUCUGCUAUAUAAAUAAGAACUUGGUACACUUUAUGGCCAAAAGUAUGUGGACAGUCCAGGCCUUAUCACCUACCAGCCAUGUGGGAGCAAUGGGAGCUGUUUAAUGCCCGUGGUGUCAAUGCCACACGCUCUACUGUCUUAUAUGGUGGAAUAUUCGGGUGUCCACAAACAUUUGGCAGUGUGGUGUAUCAUUCUGCUCUGGUCAGACGUGUUUAAAUGUGAUCAUCAGGAGAAACCCAUCAUGAGGAAAUGUUUUCAGUUACUUUCAUAAUAGUCAAGCAGAAUAGUUCCAGCAUGUGACGCAGGUAUAUGAACCUGUUCUGUUCAUUUGGACUCUUUCUGAGAGUUUCUAAGAAUCAAGUGAAUGUGCUGUGGAUGAUGUGCAGGUUUGGUUUAAGUUGCUCUUCAAAAAGAUGGCUGCCUUUUAUACUUCUGACCUGAGUUAACUGAAGUGACUGUAGGGAAUAUGAACUAAAUGAUUGAACUGGAGGUUCAACAUGUCCUAGUCCUUCAGAUCUCUACGUCCACACUUGCAUCAAACCAUUGACAAUUCUCUGUUUUGUGUUGAAAGUUUUUGGCACACACAAGUAAUUCUUUUUUAAAAACAUGCAUUCCAUAUUGAAGUGCCAAAACAACAGAAGCAUCCUUUAUUUGUUCAUUCUCUACCUCUUCAAGAGUAACUACACCCACAAAAUGUAAAAGAUAAGCCAGUGACAUCUUUUAAUCACUUGACACACACAGAAUAAAACUAGUCAUUAUGUCAUGAUUUGACUGCAUAAUGCACUAGUGAAAGUAUUUGUCUGAAAUAAUGCUCAGUAUUCCACCCACUGGAUAAAAUGAGAAGUUCUAUGCUCAGUAUUAAGUGUGGUCACUGACUGACUGAUCAUGAUUGAGUCUCUUUUUCAAAUUUCACUUUAGUCAUCACAGGAUUUGAAUAGGAUAGUUACUGUAUGGAUUAUCGCCGGUUUUAGUUAGUUAGUUUUAGUUACUGUUUUGUAAUUGUAGUGUUUUCCAUUUAUUUUUAGUGCCAUUCAUCCUGUUACCUUCUCAGACCCGCAGGUCUGCAGUCACGUAGCCAGAGGGAUCUCCGUGAACUUCUUUUUUCUUUUUUUGCAUUCAUUAGUUAUUUAAAGGAAUGUGUCCGUAUACAAAUGUAUAGUUAAGAUGAAGUCGAGUCAUUGCUCGGGAAAAACAGCAUUUAUAUGCUGCUGUUAGUUAUUAGCUGGAUUUGGAAAUGUACAGACAGUUUACUGUGUUGGCAGUGCAGUGGACCAACUCAUUGUUUUCUGUAACUGUGGGUUUGAUUUUCUGCUGGUGACAGUGAUGUCAUUAUGUACUGACACACCCUGGAACACACGUGUGCUCCACAGACAAACUAAACACACUCUGUGUGUUUUGUUUUGUUUCAUGACCACCAUAGUUUCUCCUACAUGAUUAGAAAGGCAGGGCGAAGCAAGUUGCUUGCAAUCUGCAACUAGAUGUCACUGAAUCCAACACUCUGAACUUUUAAAGAGGAGCUCGACACCCAGGUGUGCUGUCUGACCACACCCAGCUGUCAGUAGCAGUACACUGAAGUACAGUGUACAAUGUGUUUGUGGCACUGGUUGUAGUUCUCUUUAACUGACAUGUUAAUGAGGGGGUCAUAGGUGGCUUAGUGUGGGCAUAGCCGUUACAUUGUCAGCGUCACUGCUGGUGUGUUCUUAUUACUGUGCUGCCAACCAGCUAGCUUCACCCUCGUUUGCACCAAUGUUAUCAAUAUGAAAAAGUCUUGUGGUGCCAAAAUGUUUAGACACACUUAAUGUAAAUGGUUUGUUUGGAAGUAAAGGCAGAUGAGAGUGUUUGGUGCAGUUUAUGAUAAUGACUCACUGUCUGUCUGUCUGUCUGUCUGUCUGUCUGUCUGUCUGUCUGUGUGUGUUGCAUCACUGCAACAAUCUGACUAAUCAGACAGUUUGACUUGUCAUAGUAGAAGAAGCACAGCUGUUACUAACAUUAAUGAUGACUCAUGACUAUUCACAGUGAGUCUGUAUGAACAACACCGGGACCCUGGCGCUAAAGCAGCUAAAUGGAAUUCAGCCAUCAUUCAUUUUAUUAUUUACAACUGUGUUUUUUCUACUGUGACAUGUCUGUGUUGUCUUUAAAAAGGGCCACAUGCUCAGCAGUCUUUCUGUGGAUAGAUGAAGAUAAAAAUGUGUUUUUAGAGCAGCUGAAGAAGAGUAGACUCCUCUCUGUAACUAAUCAUAAUGCUGACUGAGAGUAACCUCCAUGCUGUAUGAGCAUACACAGUGUGAUGUAAGACUGGAAACAAUAAGAGCAGAAUGACUUCACUUGAUUAUGUUGCUACAUUUGUACUGUGUGUGAACAGAAAAUAAAAUGUCAUAGCUCAGCUGGUAUCCAACACGUCCCUCUGAACAACCCAGCAUCCACAGUGACAUCAGAACCGCCACAAUCACCUUCCACUUUGAUUAUGACACAGUACAGCAUGUCAGACAUUCAGUGUCACUGUCCACUGAUCUCUCCCUAAGACCUGCUCCCUAUCCUGAACCUCCAUGUCAACCUCCCACCCUUGUGUCUUAUACUCAGCAUGUACUAACUGUUCACGUAUGAUUAUUGUAUUUGUUUUUUAUAGUAUUAAUGAUACACAUGUUAACACUGAUGAUUUACAAUUAAAUACUUGCCACCUUCUCA